UCAUGCCAGGGCAUGCCAGGGGAGCGUGGUCAGUAGGAAGCAGAAGGAGAUCGGAGCGCAAUAUUUUUUUUACCUCGCCCUCGGGCUCUCUUUUGGACACUGAAAGACUUUAUUUUGUGGAUAUAUUUUAUGUUUUUGUAAUGUUACGUUAAGUUUUCAUAUAAACAGUUAAAACUAAGAAGUGGAGUCGUGGAUUUAGUUUUUGGAGUGUUUUCCAUACAAGGGAGUCUGACGAGCGCCAAGCUUAAGUUCCAAUAACGACAGUAAGAACCUACAAUCACUUUUUCCUGCCUUACACCUGCACCUGAACAGCUGAAGGGCUGUGCACAAGGACUUUCAUGCACUUUGAACUCUAGGGACAUUAAUAGUAUCAAUACAUUUAUGCAACGACAGCCUAAGAAGGGAAGUUGAGGUCUAUAGGGCUGUCCUUUGGAGGAUGAUGUCAGGACUGAAUGCUGCUGCAAGCUUUUUCAUUGCCCUCCCCUUGUCUCAUACGCGCAUAUUAAAGCAGCCAGCUCCACACUGAGCAUUCACACAGCCCCUGUCCUGGUCUCCAAGGGGCAAUGCAGCCCAUGUGGUUUGUGGUGAUAGUCCUUCUUCCUUGGUUGGGACAGAAUGACGCCCUGGUGUGCCAGCCGAAAUCUACAUGUGCAGAGUGUUUGAGAACCCCUGGCUGUGACUGGUGCAGUCAGAAGAACUUCCUCAAGGCAGGAGAGUCAAAUGAACGCCGAUGUGACUCUGCGGAAGCUCUGAAGGCUAGGAAGUGUCACACAGUGGUACCAGAUUCCCAGUCUUCUAGCUACAAUGGGAAGAAUCGUGAACUAGGAGAUCAAGGAGAUGAUGGAGUGGUCCAGUUGAAGCCACAGACCGUUAACCUUGAUCUGCGUAUAGGCCAGCCCCUUGAGGUGGAAGUCAAUUUCCAGCGUGCUGAAGGCUAUCCCAUAGACUUGUAUUAUCUCAUGGAUCUCAGCUUCUCCAUGAAGGACGACCUGGACAAGAUCAAGAACUUGGGACAGGACAUCCUCCUCAUUUUAGAGCAGUUCACAAAGGACAAGCGCAUAGGCUUUGGUUCGUUUGUGGACAAGGUGGCGCUGCCCUACGUGAGCCAGCUGCGGCCCAGGCUGGCCAACCCGUGUCCCAGCAGCAUGGAGGUGUGCCAGCCGGCCUUCAGCUUCCGCAACGUGCUCCGCCUCACAAAGGAGGCAGACGAGUUCAAGGACAAGGUGAGCCAGCAGAAGAUCUCCGGGAACCUGGACGCCCCGGAAGCAGGCCUGGACGCCAUCAUGCAAGCAGCCGUCUGCCAGGGGGAGAUCGGCUGGAGAAACGUCAACAGGAUCCUGGUCUACACAUCUGAUGACACCUUUCACAUGGCAGGUGAUGGGAAACUGGCAGGCAUCUACAAGCCCCACGACGGCCGUUGCCACCUGGAUGCCAACUCAACCUACGACAGUAUGCUACAGGAUUAUCCCUCUGUGGGUCAUCUUGCUAAGGUGCUAAAGGACAAUAACAUUCAGCUCAUCUUCGCUGUGACUGAAACAGCCUUCCCUGCAUACAAGGAACUCAGCAAGAUCAUCCCUCGCUCUGUGGUGGGCGUGCUGAAGGAUGACUCCAGUAAUGUGGUGCAGCUCAUCUCAGACGCAUACGGGAAUCUGUCGUCCUCCAUCGUGCUGCAGCAUGAGGAGGCUCCGGCGGAGCUGGACAUCUCGUACCGCUCGCUGUGUGAGAAGGGACAGCACACUGACUGGAGCAGCACAGGGACAUGCAGCGGAGUCAAACUCAACCAACUGGUCAACUUCACCGUGCGCUUCAACGCCACAGCCUGUGUGACCGGCGAGAAGAGGUUCAAGAUCAAAGUACAGGGCAUCAGCGACACCCUGACGGUGGCCGUGAAGACUAAGUGCGACUGCGAGUGUGAGAAGAGCGGAGAGGAGAAGGCGGAAUUCUGCAACUACAACGGCACGCUGGCAUGCGGCAUCUGCAGCUGUGACAAGGGCUACCUGGGCCAGCGAUGCGAGUGUCAGGCUGGCGAGGAUCGGGACUCCAUUUCGGCCAUGUUGGCCAGCUGCCAGCAGACCAACACCUCCAGCGUGGUGUGUAACGGCCACGGCAGGUGUGAAUGUGGCACCUGCACCUGCACUGGCUCCCACCGAGGACAGUACUGCGAGUGCGAUGACACGGCCUGCCCCCAGCACGACGGAAAACUCUGCAACGGGAAAGGAACUUGCAACUGCAGCGUGUGCGAAUGCAAUGAGGGAUACACUGGGGAGAAAUGCCAUUGUCCGGUGGACAAAGGAACCUGUAAGAAAGAUAACUCGAAGGACUUGCUAUGCAGCGGGCAAGGCGAGUGCCCUUGUGACCAUUGUCAGUGCAAUGCAGCCACCACGGGAACAUACUGUGACAGAGUCCGAGAUCCGUGCGGAAAAAAGUUUCUGAACUGCACACUGUGCCACAUAGACAGGAGAGCUGACUGCGAGGAAGCCUGUAAGGAAACAGAUCCUCCUAUUAAACUUGAAGGACAGCACGAGCUGGACUGUAUCCAUGAGGGAAUCACCUUUGGCGUGGACGUAAACGGGGACAAUGGCCACUUCCGAAUUAGUUACGCAGACCUGCCCAAGUCUAUUGAUAAAACGUAUGUGAUCAUCGGGAGCUCAAUAGCAGGUAUUCUGGUGAUCGGCAUCGUGUGUAUCAUUGUGUACCGGCUGCUGGUAGAGUUGUAUGAUCUCAAGGAGUACCGCAGCUUCCUGCGUGCCCAGGAGCAGACUGACUGGAAAGAUGCCCAUAAUCCGCUCUUCAAAGGAGCGGUGACCACCGUCAUGAACCCCCUACAUGAUGAAGGAGACGAAGGGCCUGAGUAGUAGGGCUGUAACCAUACACUCCACUCACGAUUCGGUUUGUAUCACGAUUCAUGACCUACGGUUCGAUACAGUCCACGAUUUCACAUUUGCCAACAUUGUAAACCUUAUGAAUAAAAACAUGAUAGUUUAUAGGUAGAAAACGUUGCAAGAGGUUACUGAUAAUUUUUAAAAGUUUCUAUGUAAUAAUGAUGAUGCUUGGAAGCACUAUCAUUUCAUAUCCUGUGGUUGUUUUCUGGGCUGAUGUGCAUCAAAACAGGAUCACGAUACUGCCUCCUUGUAUCACGAUACAAUAUCGUGACUCUGUGUAUCACGAUUUCUCGAUUCGAUACAAUAUCGUUACAGCCCUACUGAGUAGGGAAUGACAUGCCACCAAUGAUGAACAGCACAUCAGGCAGAGGCUCUGGACAGGGAGUGAUAUCACCAAUCUCAUUUACCCUUGCAUUUUGUAUGAAUCCAGAUGUGCAAAUUAAAUUUGAUGUUAUUGUUUAUUUGUUGUUAUUACAUUGUUACUGUUACUAUUAAUUGUACUUUGGUAUUAUUAUUAUUAUUGUUGUUGUUUUUGAUUAUUGUUAUUUGACUAUUAAUAUUAUUACGACCUAGAAUUGUCUGGGACAAGCACACAGUAGUCCUUUAAGACGGGUUGUUUGCCUCUGAAAGUAGUUCUGUUCUCACAUUUCUGUAUAGAGUCAGUUUUCCCACUCUGAGAUCUGCCAUGAUGUAACAUAACCAUACCCUUCAGAAUUUUAAUUGGUCAGACAAUUACGCUACAUGCCAUGAAAUAACGGCAAGCAGGCCCUGCCGUGGCCAAACGGACGGGCACUUGUCUACCAUGCGGCUGACCCGGGUUCGAUUCCCGGUCCUUUGCCUGCCCUUCCCAGUCUCUCUCUCCCCACUCGCUUCCUGUCACCACCUUCACUGUCCUGUAUCAUAAAUACAGUAAAAAAAAGACCAAAAAAAAAAAAAAAAAAAAAAAAGAAAAUAAAAAAAAAGAAAUCACAACAAGCAAAAAUGAAUGCCCCAUGCACAGCAGUGUAGCUUUAAAAAAAAAAAAAAAUGCUUGUGGUACAUAUAUGACUGAUGUACCCUGAGCAUGGUACUACCGUCCCGCCGCACUGCUCCCCAGGGGCGCCAUUGAGGGCUGCCCCCUUGCACGGGAAAGGCAUACAUGCAAUUUUGUUGUGUGUAGUGUUCACUUGUGUGCUGUGGAGUGCUGUGUCACAAUGACAAUGGGAGUUGGAGUUUCCCAAUGGGCUUUCUUUCACUUUCUAUAUACAGUAUACGUAGCCUUUAGAUAUCUAAUAUUGCAGACACGCUUCUGCACGGUAGCAAUAGGCUGGCUUCUUUGUAUAUACAGUAUGGCUGUGAGGCCUGUAACAUUAAAGUGUUAACUUAAUUUAAAGACCUUAGAUGAGCAAAAGGUCCUAGGGUUUAAUGAAUGAUGUUUGCUUUAAUAUUCUUAGAAACUGUUACACAUAAUUAGUAUUAGAAAUUACUUGGAACUUUUUAAAAAGGAAAACAAAUGUAGAGUAGAGUAGAGAAGAGUAACUUUAUUGAUCCCCGGAAGGAAAUGUGGGUUUGACAUUGAAUUAAUUAAAUGGGAACAGUUUAAUUUUAGACUUAAGACUUUGCCACUAAUUCAUGUCUACCUGUCUGUGUAAUCGACUUAUAAGACAUGUUUAGCAAAAUCAAUCAUUUGUUUCAUAGUGUAUUCAUACAUUUCUUGUUCCCUGCCAAAUAGUCUUUAUGAUUGAUACAAUUGUAAUUAGGACCUAGGAUGCCCUUAACACAUGUGUAAUAAGUCACUUAAUCAAAGAAAUCAGGCAUAUUGGCUUAGAUGUGAACACUAUUCUACCGAAUUAAUACAUUGUUUUCUGUAUACGAAAUUGAUUUGUAAAAAUAUAA